AUCUUAUCGGUGUAGUGCUUACACGAUCACGGUUCGUGGCGACGAGAUGGCACCGCUGUUGUUGUUGUUGCUUGCUGCCUGUUUAGGAUCGGGCACUUAUGCUGCGAACAUUCUGUACAUUAACACCGUCGCGUCUCCAAGUCAUUUCGGCUGGAACCGAGCGCUGAUGUACGAGCUUGCCUCCCGUGGCCACAACCUGACCGUGUUCGGGGUGGACACUGAUCCAAACCCACCACCGAACGUGACCUUCAUUCUGCUCGAAGAUGUGUACGACAAGCUGUACAGUGAUCCGAGCGUGAACACGGACUUCUUUGAGAUGAGCAAAAUCGGCCCGUUCAGCAUGCAGCUACUGUUCAACGAGUUUGUGUUCGGUGUGUGCGAGAUUGUACUGGCCACGGAAGGUGCCAAACGGUUGCAGAGCUAUCCGGCCGACUUUGGGUUUGAUCUCAUCAUCCACGACUAUCUUUCUGGGCCGUGUCUGGCCGCGCUGGCCCAUCAUCGUUUCCGCAAGCCACCGGUGAUUGCCGUUACCGCUUACCACGGUAUCUCCACCACACUGUCCAUGACGGGAUCGUACCAAUACUCGGCCCUCGUACCGAACCACGCUUACGACGCCACCGAAAACAUGAGCUACAAGGAACGCUUCAUCAAUGUGCUCGUGAACAUGGAGGAAGAAAUUCUGCAAGCAUACGUGCUAAUUCCAGCCUCCAACAAGUUGCUCCGAAAGUACGAUCCAACGCUGCCCGAUGUGGCUGACUUCUACAGCGAAACGAAGCUGGUACUGCUGAACGCGAACCCCAUCAUCCAGUACACCGAACCCUUCAUGCCGAACAUAAUCCCGGUCGGUGGAUUGCAGAUCAUCAAGCCCAAACCCCUGCCGGCGGAUUUAGCCAGCGUGCUGGAACAGGCGGGCCCCGAUGGCGUUAUUCUGUUCUCGCUUGGCACUAACGUACGCAGCGAUUUGUUGGGCGAAGCUCGCAUCCUGGCCAUCAUCGGUGCGAUGGAAGCACUGCCCCAGUACACGUUCAUCUGGAAGUUUGAAUCGGACACGUUGCCCCGUGCGUUGCCUAGCAACGUGCACGUUAAAAAGUGGCUGCCACAGAACGAUCUACUAGCGCAACCCGCUGUCAAGCUGUUUAUAACGCACAGUGGGCUGCUUAGCACGCAGGAAGCGAUCUGGCACGGGGUACCGAUCAUCGGCUUCCCCGUGUUUGCGGAUCAGUUCAAAAACAUCAACUACUGCGUGGCGAAGGGUGUCGGCCUGCGGCUUAACAUCGAGCAUCUCGACAAGGACGAGCUGGUGCGCACGGUACGCGAAAUCAUGACCACGGAAAGCUAUCGCACCAACAUGAAGCGCAUGUCAGCGCUGUUCCGCGACCAGCCCGAGCAUCCGCUCGAUCGGGCUGCCUGGUGGGUGGAGUGGGUCCUGCGCCACCCGGACGCAACCGAACUGCUGACGCACGGGUCCCGGUUGCAUUUGUUUGUGAAAUAUUCGUACGACGUGCUGAUUCCCCUGUUCGUCUCGCUCGCUCUCGCGCUUCACGGGCUGUUCUUCAUCGUUCGGCGCCUGUUCUGCCGCAGGAAAGCUACUCCCAAGACCGGCAACAAGCAGAAGAAAUCAUAAACUGUUUGCUGUGCGUUGUGCGACGCUUUUAACAAUAAACCAGACACAUUAUUUUUAAUUUU